AUGAGAUGCUUUUGCUGUUGUAAGAAAAAGGCAGGGAACAAGAGCCCUAGUGUGCUGAGGCGUUCUCAGAGAGUCACUCCCAACCAUACCAGGAAUGAGGUGGAGAUCUCCCAUGGUGACACCAAAGGUGAUCACUGCGCCACUGUGGUGGACUCCUCCAGCACCAGCAGCGAGGAGGGAGGGAACUAUUUAGAUGUGAUUCCACUUUCACAUGUGGAGGGUUCCUCUUUAUUGGACAGGAAUGAGGUGGAGAUCUCCCAUGUUGACACCAAAGGUGAUCACUGCGCCACUGUGGUGAACUCCUCCAGCACCAGCAACGAAAAGGCAGAGACCCACUCAGAUGUGAUUCCACUGUCACGUGUGGAGGGUUCCUCUUUCUUGGACAGGAAUGAGGUGGAGAUCUCCCAUGGUGACACCAAAGGUGAUCACUGCGCCACUGUGGUGGACUCCUCCAGCACCAGCAACAAAAAGGCAGAGACCCACUCAGAGGUGAUUCCACUGUCACAUGUGGAGGGUUCCUCUUUAUUGGACAGGUUCCUACAAACCAAGAGCACGGCCUAUAACAACAUCAUAUUCUGCAAUCUGGUGAAGGUCCCCCCACUGGAAUUACGUGGGCUGUACAACCUGGGUUUCACAUGCUACAUGAAUGCCACUCUGCAGUGCCUGUUCUCUGUGCAGACUUUCUACACAGACCUCCUCAGGCAAAAACAGCCUCUUAAGGAGGAUGCCACCGAGUGGGCUACUCAGAUGCUUUACUGCUCUGAUGUCAUCAAAGGACCAGUGUCGGGGUAAAGCAAAAAAACUGCUUCAGCGGAGGGUGAAAGACGCAGUGUCUGCCAGUGCAGUAAUGUUCUCUGGGUACUCGGAGCACGAUGCCCAUGAGUUCCUGAACCAUUGCCUUGUCCAGCUGAAAGAGGACGGGAGAAGUUGGUCAUGGCUGGAGAGGAACUCCAGGCCACAAGCCUAGGUAUCUCCCUUUCCAUGUACUCCUGUCCUGUGAUUACCAACAUGGACUUCCAGCUGCAGUACAAGAUGACC